AUGAAGGUCAACCGCCGCCAUUUCGUCGGCAUCCUCUACGACGUCUGCUUGUUCGAGUACGCAUCCCAUGUCAGCGUAGAUCAGCAGCACAUACUCGCACUCGCAGACCUCGCAGACACCUUUGCCUUUGUCGCCGACUUUUACAAGCACAACCGACCCUUAAUGGAUAUCCCCUGCGACCAAUUCAUCACACGGAACCAGCUCCAUACCGUCAUCGGACUACUCGAUUAUAUCGAGGAGAUGGAAACGGGCGCCUACGAGAUUUUUCCGCGCAACAUCGAGAUCAGAGAGGAUGCCCCUUCGUUUGCGUCAUCGUCGUCUAUGAAGCGAGACCGUCGGAAACAGCAAGAGUCGUCAAGCAGGGAUCAGCAGCAGGACCGCGAGCGUGGAUUGACAAGGUCCAGGAGUGCACUCGACAUGUUUGUCCGCCCUGAACGGAGCUGGUCCACCGACAUUUACAGCCACCGAGGUCACGAUCUCCAUCAGGACAACGAUACGGACCUGGAUGAUGAGUACUCGAUUGUCAUCCCUGGGCUCUCCAAGACCGACAUUCAGACGUUUCUGUGGGAGUACGCAUAUAUGCCCGAGGAGUAUCAGGACGACAUUGCAACGCUUAUUCGGUACCUGAGACGGGACGAGUGGAUGAUGGAUGGCUCCAAGGGGCCGAUCGUGACGUUUGACUGGGGUCUCGAAGGCGUCCAAAAGUACACCAAGGAAUACAACCAAAACAAGAUCCACAAGGUCGAGAUACGUGAGCAAGAAGAGGUCAAAAAGGCGCAGGAGGCCGCCCAGCAGCUUCAGGAAGAAUGGAAUCGCCAGCAGGAAGCGGCGCGGGAACAGGAAGCGGCACUGCGGAUCAAAAACACGGAUGACUUUAUUUGGCGCCUGCACAAGUCAUUGGUUAUUUCUACAGAGGACACGGCUGCCAUUGACGACCUUGUCAAGACGCUUGAGGCGGAACUCAGCGAAUAUUUCGACUUUUGUUUCCUGGCACUCGUGCCUGUCGGGUCUUUUGCAACAGGAUCGCAUACUCGACACAGCGAUUUGGAUCUCACAUUGACUGGAAACACCAAAAACGUCACCAUGUCGGCUCUUGCGGAUGCACUGCGACACUUCAACUAUGAAAACGUGGUCAUCUCAGAACCUCGGAUACAGCCACCUCAGUCACCAACACCAAUUUCGCCAACGACAACAGCACCCUCAAUACCCCAGCCCUUCGUCACAUUCAUCGAUCCCAGGACAGAAAUGGCGUGCCACGUCAGUCUGAACGAUCCCUUGGCCAUCUACCGCUCGAAACUGGUCUAUACCUACAACAUGGCUGAGCCGCGGUUCUGUCCUGUCUUUUUGGCACUGAAGCGCCUCGCUGUUCAGAGACACCUUAUUUCGGGGUCAGUACAUCAGGACCGACAUCGACCCGUGCCGCUCGGCAGCUAUGCACUCGCCCUCAUGCUGAUCACGUUCCUGCAGACAGAGAAUCCGCCAUUGCUGCCCAAACUACAACAGACACCGUUGGAAGAAGAGGAUCGACCGCUGAAGGAGACGAUUGUCCAGGGCAUCGACUGUUCGUUUGAUCGGGACUGGAAGUACCACCUUGGAAUGGGAGCCGGGAACUCGAAAGGUGUUGCCGAGCUGUUGAUGGACUUUUGUCGGUUCUUUGGAUACGUGUUUGACUACGAGUCUAAGGAGGUCAACGCCAGGAUAGGAGCUUUUCGGUGGAGACCUGAUGUGUCCUCUAAGGGUGGAGCUACCAGCAACCUGUCCUCCCUUGCAGCCGCAUUACCGUCAGCAACAGCAGGAAUCAACACGGGAACCGCAGCAACCUCGUUAGCAUCAUCCCAGAGUGCCGCUUCUGCUUCUUCGUCGUCUUCUGUGUCCAAGGAAUUAGGUCCUGUCACUUUUCAUGUCAUGGAUCCUUUUGUCAUAGGUAUUAAUAUCACUGCAGCCUGUCGCGGAGACCAGGUACGGAUGGUCAAGGAAUGCUUCCAGGAGGUCUAUGAAGCACUGAACGAGGGCGACGUCAACCAUGUCUUUUCAAAGUCCUAA